UUGAGGUCCUACUUUAUUAGCAAAAUUAAAAAAAAAUUUUCAAAGAUGAUUUCCUAUAUGAUUGAUGGUUCUGGCUUUUUAAUUGUAAAUAGACAAAUAAUUUCUGAAGAUAUUGACAAUUUUGAAUAUACACCUAAACCUGAAUUUGUUGGGGAAUUUGUUGUUUUUAACGAGGAAAAUGAACAAAAAUUAUUGUUGAAAUUUUUUGAUCAUUUACUAAAAAUUAAACCUUCAAUUAUGGUUACUUAUAAUGGCGAUUUUUUUGAUUGGCCUUUUGUUGAUGCUCGUGCUAAUUUUCACGGAAUAAAUAUAAACAAAUAUUUGGGUUUUUAUAAAGAUUCACAAGAUGAAUAUAAACAUUUUAAUUGUGUACAUAUGGAUGCUUUUAGUUGGGUUCAACGUGACAGUUAUCUUCCAAUGGGUUCACAAUCGUUAAAAGCUGCAACUAGAGAAAAAUUGCGUUAUGAUCCUAUUGAAUUGGAUCCAGAAGAAAUGGUCCCAAUGGCAAAAAAUCAACCAAAAGUUUUGGCUAAUUAUUCAGUUUCUGAUGCUGUUUCAACUUAUUAUUUAUAUACAAAAUAUGUUCAUCCAUUUAUUUUUGCUUUGUGUACAAUUAUUCCUUUGUCUCCAGAUGAUGUUUUGCGUAAAGGUUCAGGAACAUUAUGUGAAGCUUUGUUAAUGGUUCAAGCAUUCCACAGCAAUAUAAUAUUUCCAAAUAAACAAAUAAUUAAAGAAAAUAAAAUGACUUUGGAUGGACAUUUAAUUGAUAGUGAAACUUAUGUUGGGGGGCAUGUUGAGGCUAUUGAAUCUGGAGUUUUUAGAGCUGAUAUAGCUUGUAGAUUUAAAUUGGAUGUUGAAGCAUUGGAACAAUUGAAGGAAGAAGUUCGUCCAACAUUAGAACAUUCACUUUGUAAUGACGCAAAAAUAUUAUUACCAGAAGUUUUAAAUUUUGAUUCAAUUUGUGGACAAAUUGAACAAUCCUUGAAUGCAUUAAUUGAAAAACCUUUAAGAACAGAACAUCCAGAACUUUAUCAUUUGGAUGUCGGGGCGAUGUAUCCGAAUAUUAUUUUGACUAAUAGACUUCAGCCUCCAGCAGUUGUAAACGAAGAACAAUGUAUGGCCUGUAUUUAUAAUGCACCUGAUGCUAAAUGUAAAAGAAAAAUGGAUUGGGUUUGGAGAGGAGAGUGUAUUCCGGCCUCAAAAGGAGAAUAUGACAGGCUUAUGAUGCAAUUAGAACAAGAGAGAUUUGGAAAACCACCAAAGCCAUUUAAUGCUUUACCUAAAGAAGAAAGAAUAAAAAUUUCUAAAAAGAGAAUUACAGAAUAUUGCAAAACUGCUUAUAAAAGAUUGCAUGAUACAAAAAUAGAGCAAAGAAAUACAACAAUAUGUCAACGGGAACACUCUUUUUAUGUAGAUACUGUUAGAGCUUUUAGAGAUCGACGUUAUGAGUAUAAAGAAAUGCAUAAGAAAGCAAAAGCAUCAGUAGAAGCAAUUCCCUCAAGUCAUUUGGCUGAUCGUAAAUCAGCACAAUCUAGAGUUAUACUUUAUGAUUCUCUUCAAAUGGCACACAAAUGUAUUUUAAAUUCUUUUUAUGGUUAUGUUAUGAGAAAAGGAUCUAGAUGGUUUUCUAUGGAAAUGGCUGGGAUUGUAUGCCAUACAGGUGCUAAUAUAAUUCGCGAAGCGCGUCAAUUAAUUGAACGUAUUGGUAGACCAUUAGAAUUAGAUACAGAUGGAAUUUGGUGUUUACUUCCAAGCUCGUUUCCUCAAAAUUUUGUUUUUGAAAUUUUGAAUGGCAAAAAAAUUAAAAUUUCUUAUCCGGCCGCUGUCUUAAAUGCUUUGGUUAAAGAUCGAUUUACUAAUGAACAAUAUCAUACAAUUAUUGAUGAUGGGGAAUGUAUAAUAUCUAGUGAAAAUUCUAUUUUCUUUGAGGUUGACGGUCCUUAUUAUGCAAUGAUAUUACCAGCUUCCAAGGAGGAAGGAAAAAAGCUUAAGAAACGUUAUGCUGUCUUUAAUUUUGACAAAACUUUGGCUGAAUUAAAAGGAUUUGAAGUUAAAAGACGUGGAGAAUUAGCAAUAAUAAAGUUUGUAUUUUUUUAUUAGACCUCAUUGUAAAAUAUAUCCGUUACUAUAUGUCGUAGACGCCGAAAAGUCAAACCCACCAAAAACCCGUCGAAAUGC